AUGGAGCGACGUAACGGUAAAAAACUUGAUGUCAUGCAGUCCAAGCCCAAUAUAAACCCGUUCGAUAUACCGUCAGUACACCGUCAGUACACCGUACACCGUCAGCACACCGUCAACCCACAGUCAGUACACCGUCAGCACACCGUCAACACACAGUCAGUACACCGUCAGCACACCGUCAGCACACCGUCAGCACACCGUCAGCACACCGUCAGCACACCGUCAGCACACAGUCAGCACACCAUCAGCACACCGUCAGUACAUCGUCAGUACACCGUCAGCACACCGUCAGUACACACCAUCAGUACACCAUCAGCACACCGUCAGUACAUCGUCAGUACACCGUCAGCACACCGUCAGUACAUCGUCAGUCAGUACACCGUCAGCACACUGUCAGCACACCGUCAGUACACACCAUCAGUACACCAUCAGCUCACCGUCAGUACACCGUCAGCACACCGUCAGUACACACCAUCAGCGCACCGUCAGCACACCGUACCGUCAGCACACCGUACCGUCAGCACACCGUCAGUACACAGUCAGUACACCGUCAGCACACCGUCAGUACACACCAUCGGUACAUCGUCAGUACACCGUCAGCACACCGUCAGUACACCGUCAGUAUCUGUAGAUAUCAACUAA